AUGAUCAAUGCUUUUCUGGUCUUCAACGGCCAAGGUCAGCCGCGCCUGACCAAGUUCUAUACCCAGCUGGAAACGAGUAUACAACAGCGCCUCAUUUCCGAAAUCUUCGCUCUCGUCUCGAACCGCCCAGCUGGAUCCUGCAACUUCUUGCCCCUCCCUCCUCUACUCGCCGCCUCGGGUACUUCUCACACUUCGUCAGAGGAGCAAAAUGACGUUCCUACGCUCGUAACAUACCGCAAUUAUGCGACACUGUACUUUAUCGUCAUUUCGACUUCGACCGAAUCGCCGCUCGCCCUGAUCGAUCUGAUUCAAGUUUAUGUGGAGGCCCUAGACAAACUCUUUGAGAAUGUCUGUGAACUGGACCUGAUCUUCAACUUCGAAACACUACAUUCUACACUGUCGGAAAUGAUAAUAGGAGGUGUCGUGAUAGAGACAAAUCUAGAUCGCAUUGUCUCAGGCGUUAAGGCGCAAGGUACAGUUGCAAAGAGGCCAGUGAAUGAAGGCAGAGGGCCUACUGGUUUGGGCAGUGGACUUGGCAUGGGUGCGAACUUUGCUUGGACUGGACGAUGA